AUGUUGACUUUUAAUAUGAUCAGUUAAUCCAAGUUAAUCAAAGAGACAAACUUCCUUUUCUUAAAUAAGAUGAUUUUAUAGGUAUUAAUUAAGGAGAUCAUUAGAUUAUAAAAUUAGAGAUACAACUCUUUUUAAAUAUAUAUUUAUUUUUUUUAAUUUAAAUUAAUAAAAUAAAAAGUAAUCUAUAAUUUAGAGUAUCUUACAUGCACCAACUAUUAAGAAGGGUUAUUUACGAGUUGGAGAAGAUAUGCCAGAUUUAAUAGAUUAGCAUUCUAUAAACAUUUUCAUGAGAAUCGUUAUAGCAGAAAAAGUAAAUAAAUAUUAUUAAUUUAGCAAAAGUACUAAUUUUUAAAUUAAAAGAAAUAAAAAACAAAAAAAUAGCUUUUAUAAUUUAAAUAAUGAGACAAUAUAUACUAUAACUUUAUACUUUAGAUAUCUGUGGUAAUCGUAUACUACCAAAAUAUAAAUAUUGGAAUGAAAAUUCCAUUUAAUCGAUCUUUUAUUGUAGAUUGUUAAAUAUUCAAUCAAAAAAUGUUUAUUUGAAAAUUUAAUUGGUAAUUAUAAAUGUGGAGUAUGUUAUAAAAAAGUGAUAGACAUGAAUUAACAAUGAAUUUACGAGAAGGUGCAUCAAAGGCUUAAUCAAGUACAUAGCAUUUAUGGCAAUUUUAAGAUUUAUUAAAAGUUGUCUUAAGUCAGAGAACUCAUAUACAUAUAAUAUCAUCUGUUUCUUUACAUAUAAUAAGAAUUAUCAAUUUUUUAUGUAUUCUAAAUUAUCACUUUAAAUAUAUGAAUAAAAUCAUUAAUAGAGUUGCUACAAAAUUAAUAUAAGAUACUAAUAAUAAGUUUCCAAUUUAUUUAGAAAUGAAUUUAGUAGAAAUGAAAUAAUAAGAAUAAAAAAGAAGAGAAUCCCUAAAUUUUAUGGUAUAAUUCAAGAGUUUAAAAAGGCAAAUUGUUACAUUUUUUACUAAUAGUAAUAUGAAGAAUUAUUGAAGGAUAAAUAAAAGAAUAAAUACAAUAUAUAUGAUGCUUUAAAUGUAAUUAAAAUAUCGAAAGUUAAUUUAAGAUAGCUAUUUAGUACAUAUAAUAAUGGAAAGAAUCUAGUUACUUAAAAUCAGUUAUUUGAAAUGUUGGAAUCUUUUAAUAUGUAACCUUCAGUAAGGUACAAUUUUGUUUGUGCUUUUCCUAAUGGUAUUUCAUUUCAGGAUUUCAGUAAAUUAAUAGAAAGUCCUAUCACUUAUGAUCAAUUGUUACAUAGUAAAUUAAAACAAAAGUAUAUAUAUAACUCUAACCUAUAAAGAAUUUGUUUAAGCAAUGUAAGGAGAAAGAUAAAUUGAGUAAGCAUUUUGUAGCAUAGCAAAGGCAAAAGCUCGUAAAUUUCCAGAAACUAUGACAUUAGAUUAAUUGAAAUAGUUUUUAACAAAGAAGUAAAUACAGAAUAAAAAAAUGUUGUUAAAUCAACAGAAAUCGAAUUUUUGUUAAGAAGAUUUAAAACAUAAGCAAUAGUAAAGACUUUAGAUCAUACUAAAAAAGCAGAAGUCAAUGAAUUAUGA